UGUACAAGGUGGACUAAAUAAAUUCAGCGGCAGUGAAAGGCUCCCCGGUAUAUUAAGACGAGAAAUGAUCGAAAUUGUAUCAGUCGUGGAAGCGACUUAGAACACAACAGUAGCCCUCGUGCUCAGAGCAAGCCCAAGUCCUUAGCCAUGAACAGAAUCGUACUUUUAUCCGUCCUAUCGCUGGCAGCAGGCGCUCCUUGGGAACCGUCUUACAAUCCGUAUCAAAACCAGCCCCAAUACGGAGCCCAAGCUUUGUCGUCGAAUAACGACGAGCCCCAAAUAUCCACGAGAUCGGGUUACGAGAGUUCGGCUUCCGGAGGUGACGGAGGUGGUUAUGAUUUCGGAGGUCACGGGGGCUACGAUCAAGGCUCCAGCGGGCAUCUUCAGGAGUCCGCGUCCUCCGACGGUGGUUACGGAGGUCAAAGUUACGAAAGUUACGGUUCCACCGGACAUGGAGGCUUCGGCGACGGCGGAGGUCAGAGUUACGCAGCCUUCGACAACUUCGGCGGGGAUCACGGCGGCUACGGUGGACACGGAGGGGACGAGGGUGCCGGUCAUGGAAUUUCGCUCGAGGGUGGCAACAGCUACGUUCAAAGCAUUCCCGUCUCCGAACACGUCGAAGUCACGAGGCCCGUCGCUGUGCCGGUCUACAAGGAAAUCGGCGUCCCAGUCGCUCAGCCGGUUAAGAUCAACGUUCCUCAUCCCGUGGCUGUCGGUGUUCCUCAGCCUUACCCGGUGGCGGUGCCGGUCGCCCAUCCGGUUCCGAUUCAAAUAGUCAAAACCAUCGCAGUCCCCGUUGAAAAGAAGGUGCCUUACCCCGUCGAAAAGCACAUCCCGGUUCCAGUCGAGAAGCACGUUCCGAUCAAGAUCGAAAAGCACGUUCCGGUUCCCGUUUUCAAGCCCUACCCCAUCAGGAUUCCCGUUUACAAGACGAUCUACCAUCACGCCAAAAGCGGAGGCGGUGGAGGUCACCACUAAAUCGUUACCGAAGAAAUCGAACGUAAUAGAAAUUGACCAUUCUUCUGCACGAGAUGUCGUCCGAUGUAAUCGCUUUUCUUGAUCGGUGGUGCGUGCAAUUGUGCCGAUUAUUAAUUGUCACCGUCGAUAAGACGGAAAAAGUCAAGCAAAAAUCCUAGGUCGAUGUCUGUUCUGGUUGUUAAG